AUGAAGCUAAUUUUACUGGUGUGUUUAUCAGUGAUUAAUGCCAAUGAAGCGGCCCGGAUCCUGUGCGUUUUUCCAAUACCUUCAAUCAGCCAUCAAUUGGCCUUCCGACCAUUACCAUUAGAGCUAGCAAAACGGGGCCACGAGUUAACCGUUCUCACGACUGAUCCUAUCUUUACUGAAGGCCAAUCCCCUGAAAACUAUACAGAAAUAGACGUCCACGACGUAUCUUACGAUGCCUGGAAGAAAGGUUUCCUGCAGACGUCAAGAGGAAAAUCUCAAGAUAUUUUCGAACAAGCUAGAGUUGCAAUGACUGUUAUAAGUAAAGUUGUCGCGAAACAAUUACAGACCGACGAAUUUGAGGCGGUUUUGAAGGGCGCAAAAAAAUUUGAUUUGCUAAUUAUCGAAGCCCCUGUUAAAAUACCUAGGAUACUCAGUCACAUUCUGGGCGCACCCAUGAUACUUAUGAGUUCUAUGGGCGGAGCCUGGGAUCUUUACGACAUUGUCGGAGCACCAAGCCAUCCACUGUUAUAUCCCGAUUUGUUAGCCCAAAGAUUAGAUAAUCUAACGUUAUGGGAAAAGCUACACCAGUUAUACAACUACUAUUCAUUUGUAAGUUUGUUUGAUAAGCUGGAGAUCGAGGAUGAUGUGCUGAUUAAGAGUAUUUUUGGGCCGACGAUGCCAAAAUUAAGUGAAAUGAGGAAUAAUGUUGAGUUGGUGCUGUUGACAACGCAUCGCAUUUGGGAACACAAUCGUCCGGUUCCACCCAAUCUUAUUUACGUUGGAGGAAUUCAUCAGAUGCCACAAAAAGAACUGCCUUCGGAUCUCAAAGUCUUCUUAGAUUCAUCUCAACACGGAGUUAUAUACAUAAGUUUCGGCACCAAUGUUUUACCUUCGCUGUUGCCACCAGAACGGAUCCGAAUUUUGGUAAAAGUUUUUUCUGAACUACCCUACGAUGUGCUGUGGAAGUGGGACAAAGAUGAACUUCCCGGAAGAUCGAAAAACAUCAGGAUCUCCAAGUGGCUACCACAAUCUGAUUUACUUAGGCAUCCAAAAAUAAAACUCUUCAUAACCCAAGGUGGUCUGCAGUCAACAGAAGAAGCGAUCACUGCGGGAGUUCCCCUAAUUGGGGUGCCGAUGUUGGGUGACCAGUGGUGCAACGUAGAACAGUACGUGAGACACAGAAUUGGACUAAGACUUGACUUGGAUGAGCUAUCUGAAGAUAAACUGAGGAGUUUCAUUGAAGAGAUCAUUAAUGAUCAAAGCUAUCGUCAGAACAUAGCUCGUCUCCGGAGCCAGGUGUACGACCAGCCUCUGAGCUCGUUGGAGCGCGCCGUGUGGUGGACGGAGCACGUGCUGCGUCACGGAGGAGCCCAGCAUCUCCGAGCUGCCGGCGCCAAUCUAUCCUGGUCACAAUACUUGGAACUGGAACUUGUUUCAGUAUUGCUUAUCGCUUUUGUUGUAAUGCUCAUGAUUUUAAUUUCCAUAAUAUUGUAUACGUGGAAGCUUCUCAGCAGUUUAAGCCUAAAGACUAAGUUGAAGAAAACCUAA